CUUAUCUAUUUACAUAAAAAUUGGUGCUUAGGCCAUUGUCUCCCACAUUGAAAGACCCAUGUAUCUCGCGGGCAUAUGAUUCGUCCCGUGUCGAAUACACCACAUCGCUUUGCGAGUCGGAAAACCGACAAUAUAGCUGGAGAGUGCCACAUAUCCAAGGCCAACUGAGACAUUCACGCCAUUGUCUUCGUCACCAGCUUCCCACCCUACCUAUUGCUGAUCGCCAUUUUCUCCAGGGUCUGACCCUGCUCCGCCCGUCCAUUUCUUUUCCCAAUUCCCAAGGGCUCCAUGCGUCGAGUCUCCUUGGCAGGUACCAUGUUCAGGUUUUCCUCGACUUGAUAAACAUGCUGGUCGACUAUUCGGACUCAAACUCUGAAACUGAUGAGCCCUCUCCUGGUGAAUCUCCAGGUCAGAGGAAGCGGAAAGCCUCUGACCAUGAACCAAAAAACAAGGUCGACAGCAGAAGACCUCCGCCACUUCCUACUUCGUUCCAUACACUGUAUGCAACAAAUGUGAGAACUGCUGCAAGCGAUGAUCCUACUUUGCAUGCUGGUCGUACACGGCAGGUACCUCACGUGGUAGGUAACUGGCCAACACACGUAUACCUUGAAUGGCAUCCCCCGAAACAAGAGCUGGCCAUGCUUGACGAUGUGAUUGAGCAUGCAAGACCAUCGAAUGACAUCGGCAGAAGCAUGCACAGCUUUCUGCGUUCUGAACUGGGAGCAUUACAACCACUACAUAUCAGCUUGUCAGCUCCCCUUGUACUUAAAACGGAUCAGAAGGGCCCGUUUCAAAAGAGCGUAUGCUCAGAAGUGCAUAAACGUCGAGUAAGCGUUUUCACUGUUCGCGUUACAGGGCUGGCAUGGGUUGCCAAUCAUGAUGGAAGUAGAUACUUCUUGGUGCUCAGGCUUGGUAGGCCUCGCAACGAUGAACUGAAUAAGCUCUUGUCUGCAUGUAAUGCGGUAGCUCGACGCCUCGGACUUGCUGAGUUGUAUGCUAAUAAAGGAACUUGUGUGGACAAAGUCGACUUGAGCGAGCAAUUGGAGAGAUCUGAUAUGACUGAUGCAUUUCAUAUCAGCAUAGCAUGGGCUCUACAGGAGCCUGAUAAGCAGGCUAAAGAGCAGCUUGGGAAGCUCAAUGACUUGAAGCCAAUCGACAUUGGCUUCUCUGAGCUCAAACUAAAACUGGGUAAUGUUGUUGUUGACAUCCCCUUUGAGGGCCCUUGAUAGUCCUUAGUGUUGCGCUAUCACCACAUGCUAUUCAAGUGACCGGCGUUUCCGCUUACCGGCGGUGGUGAAUGAAGCAUCAGUGUCAUGAACUCCUUGG